AUGUCUCCGACAGAAGAUGUGACUCCAGCCCCUACUGUUGGAGGCAUCAAGUUAACAUUCAUCAUGGCUGCACUUUGUCUCGCAGUUCUCCUCACCGGAAUGGCAGAUCAAACUAUCCUCGCCACCGCAGCACCCACCAUCAGCGACGAGUUCCAUUCCCUUGACGACAUUGCCUGGUGGACCAACAUCUACCUCCUUAUGCUCAGUAGCUUCCAGCUAUUCUACGGGAAGCUAUACACGCUCUUUUCGAUCAAGUUUAUCUACAUCGGCACCAUCGCUUUGUUCGAGAUUGGUUCCCUGGUAUGCACAACAGCACCCAACUCCACGGCCCUGAUCUUUGGCCGUGCAAUAGCCGGUCUUGGAGCAUCCGGAAUAUUUUCUGGGGGAGUCCUGAUCACUACCAAAAUCAUUCCAUUGUCCAGCCGCCCUGCGUACCUUGGGAUAAUGUCAGCCGUCUUCGGCGUCGCAGCCAUCGCGGGCCCGUUCAUCGGGGGAGCAUUGACGGACCGCUCCUCAUGGAGGUGGUGCUUUGGCAUCAAUCUUCCAAUUGGUGCCUGUACCAUUCUGAUUUGCAUCGUCUUGGUGGAAACACCUUCCCACGCGAGAACAAGCUCCUUGAGCUACAAAGAAAAGAUCAACCAAUUUGACAUUCCCGGAACGGUCUUCAUGGUAUCGGGCCUCGUCUGCCUUCUCCUAGGUCUACAAUGGGGCGGUGGCAUGUACCCUUGGAAUAGCGGACGGGUGAUUGCAUUGCUAGUACUUUCCGGAGUGCUCCUUAUCACCUUCGCCGCGCUCCAGUCCUCAAGCCGACUUUCCAAGGCUAAAACGAUCCCUACGAGCAUCAGCAAGGACCGAAACAUUUGGCUUGCCGCAAGCUACGCGAUCGGUCUGACUGGCGGGAUAUACGUCGUAAUGCUAUAUCUGCCCUUCUGGUUCCAAGCCAUCCGGGGCAAGACCGCUCUCUCGUCCGGAGUACUACUAACGCCUACCAUUGGGGCUUAUGUGGUCGGUUCCGUAAUGGCCGGGGCCAUGACGACCGCCACAGGCUAUUACAAUCCCGCAAUGAUUCUUGGAGCGAUUCUGCUCAUUACCGGCGCUGCCGUCCUGACGACCUUAAACUCCGAGAUUUCAACCCAGAAGAUCGUAGGCUACGAGCUUCUCUAUGGAUUUGGAGCUGGCUUCGGGUUUGGACAGCCCAGCUAUGUUGUUCAAACGCUUCUUCCGGAAUCAGAUGUUCCGAUUGGCGUGACUUUUAUCACGCUCGUGCAGAAUCUGAGCGCCGCGGUAUUCGUUGCAGUCGGACAGAGCGUAUUCCAAAACGGCCUAGUUGACAGCCUAGCAACUAUCGCACCUGGAAGCAACACAAGCGGGUUCCUGCAAACUGGUGCCGGCGAUCUUCUUAUUGCGAUCCCUCCGGACGAUCGACCCAAGGCCCUCGAAGCCUUCAGUGAUGCGCUAGUACAGACAUUGUACAUCACUCUGGCGGUGUCUUGUACGACGGUCUUUGGCGCUGCGGGUAUUCGGUGGCAGUCUAUGAAGACCCCGAAAGUAUCGAACGAGGAGAGAAACAAAACCGAGAAAAGCGCACCGCAGACAAACGAAGCUAGAGAAAAGAAAGUCGUAGAGGAUGUUACCAUUCAGGGAGCGAGAAGCUGA